AUGGCUGCUAUUGUGGAGCUGUGCAGAAACAACGGGAUCAAGUAUAGCGUCGAAAUUGUGGAAGUUAAGGGUAAAGUUGAGUCCUAUAAGUUGAUCAAGGCCAAUGAUAGAAGUACUGAUUGUUUUCUAAAGUUUGAUCGAGAUACACAAAUAAUAGUAAUAGAUUCUGUAAAAUCUGGUACUUCUCGGAAUGAUAGGUCAGAUUUAUACAAGCUUGUGAUAGAGCCAUUGUUUCAAUCACUUGGCGUUGAAUACAAAUACAUAAAAACUGAAUCAGAGAACUCGAUCAGAGAUUUCGCAAGGAGAACAAGCUUUCAAAGCGGAUUCAAAUAUGAUAUCUUAUUUCUCUCUGGUGACACAAGUAUUUCUGAGUUUAUAAAUGCACUGGAUACCACCAUUCUCCGGAGUGCUAAAUACCGGAUAUCAAUUCUUCCAGUACCAUUAGGAUCAGGUAAUGCCCUUGCUACUUCUUUGGGAUUUAAAACACCAUUACAGGCGCUUAUCACGUAUUUAAACAGUAAUAAAAAAUGUUCCCCUCUUCCUCUAUAUGAUGCACAACUGCCAAACUCUACCAGCAUGAUCUUCUUCAUUAUAUUAUCCUUAGGGUUUCAUGCUAAUCUCCUUCACUGUGCUGAGGAUCCCAAAUAUAAAUCGAUGGGUGUGGAAAGGUUUCAGGUAGCUAGCAAGACUGUCUUUGAAAGUUAUGAUCUUAAUGUCGGAAUAGCAGUAAAUGGGCUUCAAAGUCAAAGUUAUUCCUACUUUGCCGUUAUUGCAGCUCCUAAUUUAGAACCCACUUAUAAGCCAUCUCCUAAAUCAAGCGUACUAAAAAAGGAAUUGCAUAUAUUAGGUUACAAAGCUGGGAUUUGUUUGGAAGAUCUGCAAGAUAAAAUAAUGCGUGGGUAUCAUAAUAAAGAUGGAGAAGAUAUUCAAGAAAUUGGCACCAUUUACCAAUGUUUUCAGAAAAACCUUGAACUAUCUAUCAAAACUGGACACAAUGCACCUAAAUAUAGAUAUGAUAUGUGUAUUGAUGGAUAUUUGCUUAACUUAGAAGAUUGUAAUUCAAAAGACAAUGAAUACAAAAUAUUAAUCAGAUUCAUUGAUGAUCACGCUAUUAUGGUAUACCAGAAUCAAAUGUAA